AUGGCCGCCGAGGCCCAGUUGUCCCCGGAUGUAUUAUCUAUCCCGCAACAGAAGGCCUCGCAAGCGAUUGCCUCGCCGGUGGGGGACCUGCUGGCGACGCUGGAGACCAUGGGCCGGGUGCUGAGCUUCCAGGACACCCCUCCCCCACCUCCCCCGCCCAAGUACCCCCGCGCCUUCAGCCCCGUGAUGCAAACCAUGGCGUACCACGAGCAGUUCAUGGACGAGACUCCAGAGGGCAAGGCCCUGCGCGACAACUGGCGCCGCCAGGUGGUGCUGGAGACGCGGGCGGUGGAGGCGGCGGCGGCGCGGUACCGGAGGGACCUGGCCGCUGCGGUGCAGCGGGGGGAGGGUGCCAACCUGCCGGCCUCGCGCCGACUCCUGCUGCGCUGGUACGCGCCGCUGGUGGACGCUAUUAAGGAGGAGCAGCGCAAGAUUUACAUGCGCGAGGUGCAGGUGGACCGCACAGUGUACGGCCCUUUCCUCCUGCUGCUGGAGCCGCAGCAGCUGGCGGUCAUUGCCAUGCACUGCACGCUGCACGCCAUCAUGGAGCUUGGGGGCACCAACCCCGAGAUCGUCGUGCCCGGGCAGACGCGGGUUACACGCCUGGCGGUCACAAUAGGCAGGAUGAUCGAGAACCAGGUGAACCUGGAGAAGGUCCAGUCCAUCUGCCGCAAGCAUGCCAAGGCCAACCGCGAGGUCGCAGCGCUCUACGCCGAGGGCGAGGAUCUGCGUGCCAAGCUGACGCAGGGCGGGCGGCUGGAGCCGGAGGAGUGGUCCCGCUGGCGCCAGCUGGGCGCCAUGCUGGAGGAGCUGGGCGAGGUCCAGCCCCUGGACCACCUGGACUGGUUUGUUCCCGGCGAGAAGCUGGGCCAGCGCCUGGAGCGUCUGCCGGCCAUGUGGUCGGGGGGCGGGCCCAUCGGACAGGGCACGCGACGCCUGAUGUCGGCGGUGAAGAAGGCGCUGGACCCGGAGGACCUGGAGGCGUGGCGGGGCGAGACGCACGCCAAGGUGGGCGCCGCGCUGAUCAACCUCAUCCUGGGCACCUGCACCGUGGACCUGCCGGGCCGGGGGCCGGGCGGCGAGCCGCGCGCGGUGCCCGCCUUCUGGCACAGGCUGGAGCUGGCAGCCGACGGCUCGGCCAGCGCCGCCAGCCGCGGAGCAGGCUCCCUGAAGCGCUAUGGCGUGCUGUGCGCGCAUGAGGAGGUGCUGAAGCGCGUGCAGCCCAGCCACAUGGUAGAGGCCUUCAUCCCGCAGUACGUGCCCAUGCUCAUCAAGCCCGUGCCCUGGCAGCGCCACGACCGCGGCGGGCACGUCACGCUGCGCAACAACGUGAUGCGCCUGCGCGGUUCCCACCUGCAGAGCGAGAUGCUGGCGCGCGCCGACCAGGACAUGGUGAACGGGCGAGGGCCGGGCCUGUCCAAGGUGUAUGAGGCGCUGAACGCGCUGGGCGAGACGCCGUGGCAGACCAACGUGCCCGUGCACCGCGUGGCGGAGGCGCUGUGGGGGCUGGGCGGUGGCGUGUGCGACGUGCCGCGGCGCAUGAACUACACCGUCCCCCCGCCCCUUCCCGCCGGCUUCCGGCUGCACCGCUCCGAGGGCCCCGGGUCGGGGUUCGCGGUCUUCGACUACGGCCGCGACGCGGCGCGCAGCAGCCGCGUGGCCGCGCGCCAGCUGCGCCGCCGCAACAGCGAGCUGCACGCGCUGCGCUGCGACAUGGAGUACAAGCUGGCGGUGGCGCGCGAGUUCGCGGGCGAGCCGCGAUUCUACUACCCGCACAAUGUCGACUUCCGGGGGCGGGCCUAUCCCAUGCACCCCCACCUGAACCACCUGGGCUCCGACCUCUGCCGCGGCCUGCUGCGCUUCGCAGACCGCAGGCCGCUGGGCGAGCGCGGCCUGCGCUGGCUCUACGUCCAGGCCGCCAACCUGUGGGGGGCGGGCGUGGACAAACUGCCCUUCGCCGAGCGCGCCGCCUGGGCCGAGGCACACCUGGGCGACCUGGUGCGGAACGCACGCGACCCCCUGGACACCGGGGCCGGGACGUUGGACGACAGCCUGGCGCGCGCGGACGCGGCGGCGCUGGCACGCCUGGUCGAGCGCGCCGCGGACCGCGAGGAUGGCCGCGCCUUCUGGGUGAAGGCAGAGGAGCCGUUCCAGUUCCUGGCGACGUGUAUGGAGAUCGCGGACGCGCACGCCAGCGGUGACCCCGCCUCCUUCCCCUCCCGACUGCCCACGCACAUGGACGGGUCGUGCAACGGCCUGCAGCACUACGCAGCGCUGGGCCGCGACGCCGCGGGCGGGCAGGCGGUCAACCUGCGCCCCGCGGCCCGCCCCCAGGACGUCUACUCACAGAUCGCGGCGCUGGUGCGCGCGCGCGUGGACCGCGACGCGGCGGCAGGCGUGACGCACGCGCGCGCGCUGCGCGACGCCACGCCCAUCGACCGCAAGCUGGUCAAGCAGACGGUGAUGACCAGCGUGUACGGCGUGACCUUCGUGGGCGCGCGCGGGCAGAUCACCUCGCGCCUGAAGGAGCGCGGGUUCCAGGACUCGCGCCUCAUGUACAAGGUCUCCUGCUACUCUGCAAAGGUGACGCUGGAGUGCCUGAUGGAGAUGUUCAGCUGCGCCAAGGACAUCAUGAACUGGCUGGCGGAGUGCGCCAAACUGGUGGCGGGGACAGGGGCCACUGUGCAGUGGACCACGCCGCUGGGCCUGCCGGUUGUACAGCCGUACCGCAGGACCACACGGCACCACGUCCGCACACUGCUCCAGAGGCUGGUGGUGGUGGAGAACAACGACGAGCUGCCGGUGAUGAAGACGCGGCAGCGCACCGCCUUUCCCCCCAACUUCAUCCACUCCGUGGACUCCAGCCACAUGAUGAUGACGGCCAUCGCGUGUCGCAGGGCAGGGAUGAGUUUUGCUGGCGUGCACGACUCCUUCUGGACGCACGCGGGCGACAUCGAGCAGAUGAAUUCCAUCCUGCGCGAUGCGUUUGUUGAGCUGCACUCGCAGCCGUUGCUGGAGAACCUGCUGGCCGAUUUCAGGGCCAGCUUACCCGAGGUGGAGUUUCCCGAGCUGCCCAAGAGGGGCGACCUGGACCUGGAGGAGGUCCGCAAGGCAGAGUACUUCUUUAGCUGA